AUGCCUAGUUUAUAAUUCGAGGUCAUAAUAAAUGCUUGCUAGAAGCUUUCACUCACAUUUGGCGAUCAGGUUAGCGUUGAACAAAUAGCUAAUAAGAUAAUCGAAACUCAAAAAUUCCCAAGGUAAUCCAAUUACAGAAUAGAAAUUGAUUAGGCGAUCAGAGAACCUUCAUAUAUUUUGAAUUGUCAGCCAAUCAGUAUAAUUAAAGCUAACUUUAACUUUAUGGCAACAGUCAUUUUCGUUGGUUAAUUUAACACAUCCUUUGAACAUCGUAUAGACCUCUGUAAAUAAAUCCAAUAAAUUUCGAAUGAGAUAAUGAAUGAGAUCCUUCCAAUAGAAUAUUCAGUGUACAUCCUUUAAAAUGGGUAAAACGCCAAUAAUCUCUACAUUAAUUCAUAUGAAUAAAUCCCGAAAUUAAUAGAAUUUGAGAUUUAAGCGAACUUUUAUAUUAAUUUUUAAGGAAUCCACUAUUAGCAGAAAAUUCACCCUUUAGCCUAAAUUGAAUAGAUUAAAUAUCAGAUAAAUGAAGUUUUUUGUUUUGAUUCUGAGUUUCAACUUUGGUAUAGGGAUACAGAACUUAAUGAUCAAAGUUAGUACAUCACCUAUCUAAUUCCAGAUCACUCAGAACUAAAAAUUAAAUUGCCAACUAGGAUCAAAUUACUGAUCAAGUAUAAAGAUACGGUUCAUCAAUUCUCAUGUGCUCUUGAAGAAAAAUUAGGAUCAUUUAAACAACGAUUAAAAUAAGUAUAUCACGUUUCUGAAAAACACCCAUUAUAAUUAAUGUAUAAGAAUAAUGAGUUGAGAAAUGAUCAGGAAUCUAUAUAAAAAUUGAAGUUUAUAGAGAAUGCCAUAAUUGAAAUGCAAGUUGGAAUUAAAUAUUCAUUGACUUUAUAAAACAAGGAAUCCUAAGAAAAAUUCUAGUUUCAAGCUAGAUCAACUGAUUUAGUUUCUGUGCUCGACAAACAACAUCCAUUCAUUAAUAAAUAAGUUAUUUAUGAAUUUAAUGGUCACAAGCUAAAAAAAGAGGAAACUUUUGAAUAACUUUAGGUAGAUACAGAAUAUAUAACCAUUUAUUUUCAAAUAGAAAAGCAGAAAAUCAACGUUUAGUUUUAGGAUGAUUUCGCAAAGCAUAAAAUUGAAGUGAUCACAUCUGACCCAAUUAGGAAUGCAUUAUAGAAAUUCAAUUAAGGAAAUGAUCCUAUUUCAAUUACUUAUGGAGGGAAAAAUAUAUCCAUUGAUAGUACUUAUGAGAAAGAAGCUAUUGUAAAUGACAGCAUCAUAGUAUACAAGAUUAAUAAUGGUAUCUAAAUCAAAUACACUGUUGCUCCUAAUUGUGUAGAACAUACAUAUUUGGUCCCUAAAGAUACGAAGGGAAGCUAGCUAUUGAAAGCACUAUCUUAAAUUUAUUCGAACUAAGGAUAAAAAUACAAAUUGAUGCUUAACAGCUAGGAGUUCCCUGCUGAUUAGCCAGUUAUCAAAGAUCAAUGUUAUAGAUUGGUUCGUAUUUUUGAAAUGCAAUUUUCGUACGACAAAGAUGAGCGAACUUAUAUAGAUUUAUUCUCAUAAGAGGAUAAAAUUUUUGAGGCAAGAAAGAAAAUGGCUCAGGUGUUUAAUCUACCUUUUGAUUCAGUAUUUCUAUUAUUUAAGGAUUGUGCAUUAAAGGAUGAUACCCUUAUUAAUCAAUGCAAGGAUAAAACACUAGUGGUUUCUCAAGCUAUUCACAUUAGUUUUCAAAAGAGGAAUGGCUCUGUAGCAAUUUAAAAGUACUAUUUAAAAUAAGAAAAAUUUAAAUAUAUUUUCAAAGAUUUUUUGAAAGAAUACCAAAUAAGUCAAUGCAGAUUUGAAUUUAACAAUUAAAUUGUUGACGAAAAUAAUUUACUAAAAGAUAUUUGUAAAGAUGAAUAAUCUAUUGUGCUUAUCUAUGAAUUUUAGUAUAACUUAAAACUUGUCAACAAAGAAAUGCAAAAUGAAAUAAUUAAAGUUUCGUUUUAUCCUUCAGAAAUUAUUGGCUCUGUCUUUAAAAGAUAUUUGAGUGAGAAAUUCUCUUACUUGUACAAUGGUUAAUUAGUUGAUAUUUAGAAAUAGUUUGAAGUGUUGAGAAUUCAAAACAAUUCCAAGGUGUAUUAUUUUUAAUUCCAUAACUUCACUCUAGAGAUUCUCAAAACUAACACAAAACUUUAGAUUUAAAUUGACUCAUUGAAUUAUAAAAUCAUUGAUGCCAUAUCUCCAAAGAUGAAGGAGCACACUUAAGAUAAGUUUACUGCACUUUACAACAAUCGCGAAUUAGAUUUAUAAAAGACUUUUCUCUAAGAAAAAGUCAUGAGCGGGGCCACUAUCUAAUGCUAACUGCCUACUUAUUUGCAAGUGAUUAUACAUGACAAUGAGUUUGAUAAAUCGUUUAAUGUACAUCCAAAUAUCUGCAUUGGACAAAUACUUGCUAUGAUGAUGGAUAGCAAUCCAAAUAAAAAGAUGUUAUCCUAUAAAGAUUAGAAAUAAUUGGAAAACGAUAUCAUAGUAUCUAAAUUACAAAAUAACAAUGGGAUUAUCGAACUAAUUUAUAAAGAAUUGAUUUCUACUCCAGAUACUAUCUAUUAGCCCUCAGGAUCUGUAUCAACCUUUUUUAAUUAGACACAAGACCUUAAAACUACAGAAAGUAGUUAAAUAAAUAUUGUCAUAAUUAAUAUAAAUAAUGAUGAUAAGAUAUUUGAGACAGUGAAAUUAGAUCAGAAAAUAGGAGACUUUCUUAAGGAGUUUGAAAUCAAAAAUGAGUUUUCUAGCAUUAAUAUAUUUUAUGAAGGGGCAGUAGUGGAUUACGAUAAAACAUUUGAAGAGAUUGGAGCAAAUCCGGGAAGUUUAUUUGAAAUUAUUUGA